AUGGCGUCAAGCGGAGCGCAAUACUUCCCUCCUCCUCCAGCUGCUCAAGAACAACCGCGCUUCGAUCCACCACCAAGUAGCAAUCAUCAAGACAACUACUUCCCUCCACCCAGCGCCCCCCAGUAUGCCUCCGAUCAGCGUGCAUCCUUCGCACCACCACCCCAGUUCGCACCCCCACCAGCCAUGCCACCUCCAUUAGCAGACGGCAACGUCGGCAACGCCCAACGAGACUCAACUCCGUCGCAAGACGAAAGAACCCUGCCCUACUACCCCGGCCCACCCAGCAACUCCUACCCGCCCGAGAAGCGACGAGAACCCGAACAACCCCCACACCCCAUGUCACCGGGUUUGCCCAUGUCCCCCACCCGCCCCUUCAACACCAGCCGCCAAUCGAGCAUGCCCGGCGGCGCACCGCCCCAAACCCACUUCACCGGCGCCAGCGCCACAAUCGACGACGUGGGCACCUUCAACGGCGGCUCCUACCGCAUCAGUCACCGCGACACGAACACCAUCGUCACCAUCCAACUCGCCAUCGGCUGCCCGCUAACCGUCAAACCGGGCCUCAUGAUCGCCAUGUCCCCCACCAUGACGCUCCGCGGCAACUUCAAAUUCAGCAUGAAGAAGUUGCUUGUGGCGGGGGAGAUGGCGCAUAGCACCUACACGGGUCCGGGCGAGUUGUUGCUCGGGCCGCACGCGUUGGGGGAUGUUACGAAUAUUCGCUUGACUGGGGAGGAGACGUGGUCGGUGGGGCGGGAUGCGUUUAUGGCGUGCACGCAGGGCGUCACGAAGGAUUAUAAGGCGCAGAGUUUGAGUAAGGCGAUGUUUUCGGGUGAGGGGCUGUUUGUGUAUAAGAUUGGCGGGGUGGGGAUUGUGUGGGUGCAGAGUAUGGGGGCGAUAAUACGGAAGGAUCUCCGCGAAGGCGAAAAGUACAUCAUCGACAACGGCCACCUUGUCGCGUGGAAUUGCAACUAUGUCCUCGAGAGGAUUGCGAGCGGUGGUCUCGUCAGUACGCUCAGCGCCGGUGAAGGGCUGGUGUGCAAGUUCACAGGACCGGGCACUGUCUUCCUGCAAACGCGCAAUCCGAUGGCGUUCGCGCAGUACAUGGCUGCGCACCAAGUGUAA